AUGUUGAGAAAGGCGUCGAACCUAUACUGCUCGUUUCAGCUCCACAUCCUCUACCCGGUUAUCGAUGCCACAGCCUGGACGGAUAAACAUCAACAUCUCCGGCGAAGAAGGAAGAGGGCAUUGAAGGCGAGGAGGAAGGCGCAGGAAGGCGAGAAGAAGAGGAUUGCAGCCAUGACUGCCAAGGGACUGCUGCCUCGCAAGGAUGAGGCUUUCUUGAAAGAGAUUGAGACUUGA